UCCUUUCCUUUCCUUUCCUUUCCUUUGGCAGUUCCUUCACGAGUCUUCCACGGGUUUAUCAAAUCGCCGGACUUCCUCUGAGAGAGAGAGACAAUUGUGUGUGAGAGGAUUGUAGAGAUGGCGAAAAAGAGAAAGUCUUUGGCAACGAGUCUAGACGAGGUUGAUCGAACUAUGCAUACAACGUUUUGUAGCGCGGCGAAUACGCUUUCUCAGCUCUAUAGUCAGGCCAUGAACCAGCAAAAACUCUCCUUUCAAGCCGGUGAACGCCAUGGAUUGGACAAACUCUAUCAAUGGAUUCGGAGGCAACAAGAGGGAGGAUCAAGAGUGACCACAAUUGACAUACUCACCUACCUUCAGAGUGAGCUGGACUAUUAUGGAGAGGAGCCAUCAAUGUCACCCAGAGCACCUCUCCAAAAUCAGCAUUCACAACCCAUUAUGCAUGGCACAAACUUGGGCUUCCUGGUGUCUCCUGGCUCGUCUGGUGCACCAGCUGCUGCGCAGGGGUUGCGGUCUGAGCACUGCGACCAGCAGUCUAAGAAUUAUGUUUUCUCAAAUGCUCUGUCAAGCCCUGUUCGUCGGAGUCUUCAGAGCUAUACUAUUAGUGAGGGGGGCGGCAGCUAUAACAGUGUUCAGCCCUCUUCAAAUGGAAUGAGGAACAAUGAAAGCAACUUUGUCCAACACCAGCAUAGGGAUAACCAUCCCAGCUCCAACGAUUCUUCCAUGGACAUGCAUGCAGAUAGUUUGGAUCAUGACUCUACCUACUGAAAUUUCUGUUAGAGUUAGUGAACAAGCUGCUUGCCAAGUGUUGGUCAAGAGUCUUCGAAUUGCUAUUCCAGUCCUGUGGCUGUAUCUAUUACUGCCGGGUUGCAAUUGAGAAAAAAACACAGAGGAAUGUCUGUUUGAUGCAAGAUUAAACUAGUGGCAGGGGUGACUUGAAGUGGGUGAAGAAAAAUCGAUAUAGUUCAUGGGACAGAAUACAAAUCGAUGGGUACCAAACUUGUCAGGUAGACUUUAUAUUGAAUCAUUUUGUUUGUUUGGGUCAUCUAUGUUUGAUGUAAAGUGUUUCUUUGGAGUAGGUUCCAAUAUGUUUGCACUGGUAUUAUUUGUUGCAUGUAACACCAUAUUUUUUUAGUUUUAUGUGCUUAUUUUGGACAAUACAUUUUCAUUGAAAAUUGCAAACAUGUACAUGUGGUCUAUUAAGGUUGGGAAUAGAUUAGAAUGCUGUUGGGUUCGUGUUCUGUUGAAAUUUGCUGGGUUGGUGUCUUGUCUUUUUAUAGUCGUGUAUAACCAGAAUGCUUCGUUUACAAGUCUAUCUGUUGUCAGGUUUGUAUCUAUCAUUU